AUGGAUCACUUGAGGCCACCUGAAGCCACAUGGGUUCGGAGACGGUCCAUGACGAUGUUGAAAGAGACGUCGUUGACGGCGGUCACCAACAUCAUGUCCACUGACGACAGAUCUAGAAAAAUAUUCAAAAUUUUCGUUCUGUUUAUUUGCUUGAUGGGGUUCCUCUACCAAACUGCGACAUUCUUCACCUACUACUUCGAGUAUCCUGCUAUUGUGGAUAUUGAUAUUGAAAAGCCCCUAUUUACAGAAAUGCCAGGGCUUACCUUUUGUAAUGCCAAUGGAAUCAACAAGAAGAGAUUCUGCUCUGUCUAUCCAAAUGAAUGUUACUUAGCGACCAAAUCCCUGUGUUCAAAGUAUCCUUCAUAUUGUGAAGCUAAUAAAACUUUGGUCCCUAAAAAUUCAUCUUUUGGCAAGAUUGACGAAAUGACUUUAGAAGAAUUCUUGAAUGUGGGAAAUAUUGUGGAAUUAGCUUUUCCACAGUUGAGUGGUUUCAAUAAUACUGAUCUGAAAGGACCAUUUAUCAGAGCAAAAACCAUCCAGGGACUUGGGAGGAUGGGGUGCUACAGCUGGCUAACUGUUGUUGAUACGCCGGAUGAUCCUUUCAUGAUUUUAAGAACUUCAGUUUUACACGAGCCAGUUGCCACAUUAACCUUCGAUUUGAGCAAAGACGACCAGUUCAUUCCAGGGCAAAAGGCUGGUAUUUACUUUUCCGUGCAUUCUCCGUUUGUUGCUGCUAAUCCUUAUGAAAGUGGAAAUUUCUUGAAAACUGGGUACAUUUACAAGAUACACAUUUCUAUGGAAAACGAAGUACUGUUACCUUAUCCAUAUCAAACAAAUUGUGUUAAUUAUACGGAACUGUGGCUAAGAAAUAACAGGACUGGUCCAAGAAUACAAGAAAUGUGCCAGCAUAAGUGCAUGUUGGACACUACUACUAAGUUCCUGAAUUGCUCAUCGAUCGUUGGUCUUUACCCGCACCAUCUCAGAAUAUGCAGUCACGGUAAGUUAGCCCGUUAUAUUAAGGGGUUAGAAUUGCUUUAUCAUUGGUUUCAAUUCCAUAAUGUUGAUCGAAGGCAUAUUAUGUAG